GUAAAUAUUGUUUUCUAUAUAUUAACGUUGUCUUUUAUGAUAUACAAGAAAGACUAUGUUGUUCUUGUUAUAAGUCGUUAAAAACAUCUUACCAUCACUUCAAGAUGUCGGACGAUGAUUUUAUGUGCGAUGACGACGAAGAGUAUGAUUUGGAAUACUCGGAAGAGAGUAACUCGGAGCCUGAUGUGGACCUAGAGAACCAAUACUACAACUCAAAAGCUCUCAAGGAAGAUGAUCCUAAAGCAGCCCUUGAGAGUUUCCAGAAGGUGCUGGAGUUGGAAGGAAAGGAGAAAGGGGAAUGGGGAUUCAAAGCCUUGAAGCAGAUGAUUAAAAUCAACUUCAAACUGGGCAACUAUGAUGAAAUGAUGAAACGAUACAAACAACUGUUGGCCUACAUCAAGUCAGCAGUGACCCGGAACUACUCUGAGAAGUCCAUCAACUCCAUCCUGGACUAUAUCUCAACAUCUAAGCAGAUGGAGUUGCUGCAGGAUUUCUAUGAGACAACGCUAGAAGCCCUUAAGGAGGCCAAGAAUGAGAGGCUGUGGUUCAAGACAAACACUAAACUUGGUAAGCUGUACUUUGACCGGGGCGACUACACUAAGCUACAGAAGAUCCUCAAGCAGCUUCAUCAGUCUUGCCAAACGGAUGAAGGGGAAGAUGAUCUCAAGAAAGGGACACAACUCCUGGAGAUUUAUGCCCUGGAGAUUCAGAUGUAUACAGCACAGAAGAACAACAAGAAGCUGAAGGCUUUGUACGAGCAGUCGCUGCACAUCAAGUCCGCCAUUCCCCACCCCCUCAUCAUGGGUGUUAUCAGAGAGUGUGGGGGCAAGAUGCACUUGAGAGAAGGGGAGUAUGAAAAAGCACAUACCGACUUUUUCGAAGCUUUCAAAAACUAUGACGAGUCUGGAAGUCCAAGGAGAACGACUUGCUUGAAGUAUCUGGUGCUAGCAAACAUGUUGAUGAAGUCCGGAAUCAAUCCAUUUGACUCCCAGGAAACCAAACCCUACAAGAAUGAUCCAGAAAUCUUAGCUAUGACAAAUCUAGUUAGCGCUUACCAAAAUAAUGACAUCAAUGAAUUUGAAAAAAUAUUGAAAACAAACAGAAAAAAUAUAAUGGAAGAUCCUUUUAUCAGAGAACACAUUGAAGAUCUUCUACGGAAUAUCAGAACACAGGUUUUAAUCAAGCUUAUCAAACCGUACACCCGAAUUCACAUACCAUUUGUAUCGAAGGAACUGAAUAUAGAUGCUACAGAGGUGGAGAACCUCCUUGUCUCCUGCAUCCUAGACAGCACCAUCAAGGGACGUAUCGACCAAGUGAACCAGGUUCUGGAGUUGUCCCAGGAGGCCAGUAGUCUGGCAGCACGCUACUCCGCACUGGAGAAGUGGACCAGCCAGCUCCACAACCUGCACCAAGCCGUCAUCAACAAGAUCGCAUGAAGCUCACAGUAACUCUGCUGCCUUGAUACUUAGGAACUAAACAGACUAACAUCAACAGAAGCCUGCAAUGGAGUUGCCAUUGUGAUUCCAGGAACAAACAUUGACAUCAUCUGUGACGGACGUGAUUUCAUCUUGAGGAAUCACUGACGACAUUCUUAGUGACAAUAAUUCUAACUUGUGGAAAUGAGGUUUUCAGGCACGAUUUCAUCCCUCAGGACAACCUAUUUAUCCUAUGGAAACAUGCGUGAUGCAGGUCACCGGGAUAAUGUAUCUAUACUGGCAGUGUGUUACGGACAUGAUGUGCAUGGCUCCGCCCAGCAGCGCAGGAGAUGCUCAUUCUUACAGGGAUGUAUGGCGAAGAUACACAAAGGAGAUUAAUGGAUCUUUGUUGUGUACAAAAAUAUGUUUCAAAUUAUAGGAUAAUACAAGGGAAUAAAGUGAUGUUUUCUAUUUAUAAA